UACUAUUGGCUUAUAAAUCCUCAUUAGUCAUUACUCCCUACUUAUUACUAGUCAUUCCUCGUCGCUCUUUGAAAUCCGCCGACCGAAAUUAUCUUCUUGUCCUUCCCUCCUUUCUUAGUCCCCAUCUGCCUCUACUGAAACUAUGAUUAGCCGUUCCAGAAGAACUCUAUAUGUCGGUAAUCUCCCAGGGGAUAUCAGAGAGAGGGAGGUUGAAGAUUUGUUUUACAAGUAUGGACGCAUUGCUCAUAUUGAAUUGAAAAUUCCGCCAAGACCUCCGGGUUAUGCGUUUGUUGAGUUUGAGGAGGUCCGUGAUGCUCAAGAUGCUAUUGAUGGUCGGGAUGGCUAUGAUUUUGAUGGGCAUCGACUAAGGGUUGAGCUUGCUCAUGGUGGGCGUGGAAACUCUUCAUUGACGGACCGCUAUAGUAGUCAUAGUGCAGGACGUCGUGGUAUAUCCAAACAUACUGAGUUUCGUGUGUUGAUAACUGGAUUGCCUUCUUCUGCUUCUUGGCAAGACUUAAAGGAUCACAUGCGCAAGGCAGGAGAUGUUUGCUUUUCCCAAGUCUUCAGUGAUGGUGGUGGGACCACAGGGGUUGUUGAUUAUACAAACUAUGAUGACAUGAAGAAAGCUAUCAGGAAGCUUGAUGACUCGGAAUUUCGCAAUGCAUUUUCUCGGGCAUUUGUUCGUGUGAAGGAAUAUAAAGGUAGUCGUAGUCCGCCGUCAAGGAGUAGGAGCAGAAGCUGCAGCCGAAGCCGUGGUCGAAGUUAUAGUAGUAGUAGAAGUCGAAGCAAGUCUCCAAAGAAGGCCUCACGCCUAUCACCUGCUAAACCCCGUUCCCGAUCUUUAUCAUCUCGAUCUAGAUCAAGGUCUCGUUUGUUGUCAAGAUCACGAUCAAGAUCCAGUUCGCCAGUGCCAUCUCGUAAGAAAGUACCGAGCAGAAGUCCCAAGGAAAGUAGCCCCAGUCCCCGUAGGGAUCGUAGCAGAAGCCCGAGCAAGAGCCCGAUCAGAAGCGGGAGUAAGAGCAGGAGCCGGAGCAGGAGCAGGAGUCCAUCAAGGCACGAGUCCACUUGACAAUGCUUCGUAUUCUUGCUUCUGUGGCACUUCUGCAGAUUCAUGUUCUAAUCACUACAAUAUCUUGGGAAAUUUGUGAUUACAGAGUCCCAGUCUCCCUCCCGCCGUCCCCUUUUUUUCAUUCUCUCUCUAAGUUCUAAAUUCUUGAAAACCUAAGCCUAAGCCCGCCGGCAGCCAACGUCGACGCCUCACGCUACUCCUCUCCAGCCGGUCCAACCGUCCAAAUGUCAAACCCAGAAAUUGAUAGUGCUGGAACAGAGACCUAAACGGCCUCUAAAGCAACCAUUGGCACUGUUCGAAAGCGGAUGAAGAUCGUUCCGGCGUAUGGGAUCACUUCUUAAAGAUUGAAACAGAAUCUGGAAUGCAAGCCAAAUGCAAAUACUGUGCAAUUCAAUACAAAUACAAUAGUAAGAGGAAUGGAACAAGCACUUUGUGGGCACACAUUUCAAAGUGUCUUAAUGGUGAUGAACUCGAUUCUUGUCGACGUCUCAAUGUGAAUGGUGAAGAAGAAGCAAGAUGACGGCGUGAAGAUUGAAGAAGAUGGGAGUCUGCCGUCUGGACGAAUUUGAAGAUGCAAGCAGCAGCUGCCAGCCAGGAAGAAUGAAGAUGAAGAUUGAAGAUUGAAGACGGGAUUUCAGAAUCAUAAAUCAGAAGGCCCAAGGCACAAGGUGCUGCAGCAGUGAUGGGGUACAGCCACGAGGAGCCGGUGAGGGAGAUUGCGCAAGGCAUGCUCGUCGGCACAUAGUUCCAGCACUUCAUACCGGAAGUCGCUGCGGAGUCUUCACCGGUUACCGCCGAUACGCACGUCUCAUCUCCUGCUUAUGACUAUCAUUUGGAGGAGAUGGACCUUAUAUACCUCGUUGACGUUGCGGGAACCUCGCAAGUUGGGCCAUCGCAACCAUCAUAGUACCAGUCCUCUCCUCUGCCAGAGCGACACCCGAACGCCUCAUACUACAGUAGGAGGCAUAGGAGACCAACUCAGUUGGAUAUGGUAGAUAAGGGUCAUGAGCGUUAGCAUUUCGUUUGUGUAUUUGGAUUGACUAUAUAUAUAUAUAUGUGUGUGUGUGUGUGUUUAUUUGGUUGUAUAUUUUAAACAUUUGUAUAUAUUUAGUUGUAUAUAUAUGUUUAUUUACUUUAUCAUAACCUCCAAGCUUUAACUUACGAAUGUUUGGAGUUUUGGCGACAAAUUAUCCCGCCUGAAACAUACAUUGACUUGUAAUAACUUAUUCUAAUGUCUCUAAUGCAAAUAUAACAAAUAACAACUCAAUAAUUAGGAAAAAAAUAUAAAGUAAAGUAACUGUUCGCAGUUAGUGUCAAAACAAGUCAAACAGCUGUUCACAGUUAGUAACUGCGAACAACUAUUUUGUCUUUUUUGACCUGUUCGCAGGUAGUAACUGCGAACAGCUCCAAACCUUUGGUUUAGAAUUUUCACGCUUACUUUUGGAAAUAAGUUUAAAAUUAUCUUAUUUGGUUCAUUUUAAAUUUUCAAUCAAUCAUAUACUUUUUGAACAUCUAACAAAAAUGUGUUUGAUUUAGUUUGUCCUAAUUCUUAUGGUUGGAAACUUCGUGCUCAAUAAAAGAAUAGUGUUGUAUCUUUGUGGACCAUAGUGACUUAUAAAGGUCCACAUACAUCUACUUGUGUUAGUGACAACAAUAAUUUGGUGUGCGCCAGUUAAAUUCAUCUACAUGAUGGGGGUUUUCCAAAUGGCUAUGCUACACCAACAUGGCAGAGGUUUUCAAUGGUGUCAUGAAAGGUGCUAGAUUCUUACCUGUUGCAGCUAUUGUUGAACUUACUUUUUAUCGUGUGAACAAGUGGUUUGUAAAGAAAAGGGAGAUUGUUAGACAACGACUUGCUUCUAAUUAUACGUACACUCCCUACAUUGAGAGAAAAAUAGAGGCAAACAGGUGUAAGGCAAGAUAUCACAAUGUAGAGCCAUAUGACAUAACCAAUGGGAAAUAUGAAGACACAACCAGUAAAAGAUGAACGAAUAGAACGCAAAGGCAGGAAGCGUUACACUGUUAACUUUUCAAACCGCACUUGUACAAGUAAAAAGGUUCGGGUAUUUCACUAUCCAUGUU